AUGGAGAACCAGACUUACAUGAAUGGAUUCCUUCUGUUACCUUUUUACGCAAAAUCAAAUUAUUUAUUGUCAACUCUAUGUGUAUUUUUCUUCUUAUAUAUAUUUGGAGUACUUACUAAUGCUAUUAUAAUAACAGUUAUUUACAAUGAUGACCAGUUACACACACCCAUGUACCUAUUUCUCUGUAACCUGUCCUUAGUAGAUAUCUGUUAUACAACCACUACUGUCCCAAACCUACUAUACAUCUUACUAUCUGGAGAUAAUACAGUGUCCUUCAUGCAAUGCUUCACCCAGAUGUAUUUUUAUUUUUUGGCUGAUUCCUCUGAGAUAUAUCUAAUAUUCAUUAUGGCAUAUGACCGAUAUGUUGCUAUUUGUGAUCCUUUACACUAUCACACUAUUUUAAAUAGGAAACACUGUCUCUUAUUGGCAUCUGGCACUUGGAUAUCAGCAAGCUUAAACUCAUUUGUGCUUACAAUCCCAGCAUCACACAUGUCCUUCUGUCAGUCUCGCACCAUACACCAGUUUUUCUGUGAUGCUAAAGCUCUGAUUAACAUCUCCUGUGCUGGCAGUGAAGACUUUUAUACCAUUAUCUAUUUGGAAGUAUUGAUAUAUGGAACUUUUCCUAUCAUGUUCUGUUUGAACUCAUAUAUAAAAAUUAUCAAGGUCAUCUUGCAGAUAAAAUCUAAGGAAGGAAGAAAGAAAGCCUUCUCCACCUGCUCUUCCCACCUCACCAUUGUCAUUAUGUACUUUAUGACCGCUUUGUUUUUGUACAUGAUGCCACCAUCAGAAUGCUCCGAUGUCCUUGAACCGGUGUUUAGUGUACUGUACUCAGUUGUCACUCCCAUGAUAAACCCUCUGAUCUACAGUCUACGGAAUAAAGAUGUGAAAAGUGCUCUGCUGAGAAUACUGAGGCCAGGGGUGUAA